AUGGAUUACGGCGGCGUGCCGGAGCAAUGUCUCCGGCAGCAGCUUCGUAACGAAUACCGUGCAAGCGCAGAGUCACUUGUGGCAGCACUAUGUCACAGAUCAUCCACAUACAGAAAGGUAGUGUCACCAGUCAGCUGGCUCGCGAGUUACACAGCCAAUGUUAACUUCCUGAACGCCAUCUUGUCAAGAGCCAAUCAAUAUGGUGUCGCUGUCGGAAUCUACACGAGUUCGUACGAUUGGAGCCAGAUCACGGGUAAUGCUUUGAUCAACAACCUUGCGCUAUGGUACUGGAAUGUGUAUGGUGGUGGCCCGUUGAACGAGACCCCAGCCAACUUCACUGACUUCCGCUCAUUCGCUAAAUGGACGGCGCCGUCAGUGAAACAGUUCGCUCAAAUGGAAUCGGUUUGUGGAGUGACUGUGAACAGAAAUGUCUACAAUUCGUCGAUUGCAAGGUCUGGUAUGGAUGCUGUGGCCAAGCCAGGAAUGUCCCAACAAAUCACCGUUGGCAGUCUGGGACUUGCAAGUGCAGCGGCGUUCACUGGAAAACCAGAAAUCAUAGCAUAA